AUGAAUAGCACCCCUGACGAAAAAAAAAAAACGGACGAUUGUUUAUUCUGUAGAGUCACCGGGACAAUUGCACUCGGGGGGGUAUCUGUUUACUCCUUUUUGAAAUUUGUACAAGCGCCUACCAAGUCUGGGGACAGGAAGUUUUUCGGAUUCAUAUCCCUCCUCUUUUCCUCGCUAGCCAUAUAUAGGGCAAUAACUCCGGCCAGGCCCUUAACGACCAAGGGGGGUGGCGCCUAG